AUGUCUUACCAGCAGGGCUACGAUCAAAAUUACCAGCAUGCUCCAUCAGGACAAUCCGACCACGGCUCAUUCAACGGAGGCAACUACUCGAUCCAGCACCGCGACACAAACGCAGUACUCAACAUCGAGCUGCAACAAGGCGGAAGCGUACGCUCCCGAACCGGCGCCAUGAUCCACAUGGCCUCAACGGUGCAACUGUCCGGAAAAACAAAAUUCAGCAUGAAAAAACUCUUCACGGGCGGAGAGAUGAGCGAAUCGACGUACGUCGGCCACGGUCGCGUCGCUCUGGCCCCGAUGUUGUUUGGUGAUAUCAUCACCGUGCACGUCGACUCCAGCAAGAACUGGACGAUUGGGAAGGAUGUAUUCCUGGCGUGCACGCCGGACGUGACGAAAGAGUCGAAAUCGCAGGGGAUUGGGAAAGCGAUGUUUUCUGGGGAGGAUUUGUUCGUGUAUCGCAUUGGAGGGCAGGGAUUGCUGUGGUUGACGAGUUUUGGGGCUGUGGAUCGUCUUGAUCUACAAUCUGGUGAACAGCAUAUUGUCGAUAACGGGCAUUUGGUCGCGUGGAGCUGUGACUAUAAGAUUGAGAAGGCUGGUGGAGGAGCCAUGUCGUCGAUGAAGACUGGAGAAGGCUUAACCAGAAACAUGGACGAGUUCGAAGAGUACAUUCAAAGCUUCUCGCAGGCCUAG